AUGUGGGCACUAUUGCACGCUGAAAGGACCUGGUUGGAGCUAGUCCAAGAGGACCUCAGCUGGGCAUGGCAACUCCGCCUAAAGUCUGGGCAUGCUGAACAUAACAUUGGAGACUGGGACACCGCUGUGUCCAUCAUCAGCCACAGUCCGGGCCAGUGGAAGAGCAUCGUGCGUCAUGUCAAGCAGACAGCUGCGAUCGAACUGUCGUGGACGGCUGAAGUGCAGCAAUACCAUGGGCUCGUCUUCAGACAGCUAAGAGGAGUUGGCGCGCUUCUUGCUGAUGGUGUCUGUGGACCGGACAGUCAUCAAGAGCUAUGUGCGUGCUGUGGGCAGGUCUUUCAGGACCUGCGUGCCUGGUCACAUCAUGCGUUCAAGGUCCAUGGUCGUAGGCGGGAAGAGCGUUUCCUCGCGAAUGGGCAGCAAUGCCCAGCCUGCUCAAAACACUACCCAGACACACAGAAGCUCUGCAACCAUCUGCGCCACUCCAAGAAGUGCAAAGCACAGGGGCCGGGCAAGCCUCUUACCCAGGAGGAUGUUGUCUUCGAGGCUGCAUGGUGUGGCUGGCUUGAGCAGGCCACUGACAAGGAUGAUGACUGGCCUAUUGAAUGGGUAGCGUGGCACUGCAGGGCCUCCAAGUUGCUGCUACAAGUUGCAUGGGUCGAAUGGCUUAUUCCAGAGCCGGCCUCCGUGCCUCAUGACGUUGCUACUUUCCGUGAUGCUGCUACCCUCCUGCCGUGGCUGUCCUUUGACAGUUUCAUCCUGCCUACAGCCCCUUUUGGUGCCGAUAUUGGCAGGGUCAUUGCCAGGGAUGAUCUUGGCACAGGGGAAUAUGUCUCCCAUGACACUGCAUCCGCCAGGCCCGAGCUACUUGACUUUGCCAGCUGGCCUGCUGGGCUCACGUCUCUCGUUACUGUGUUGUCGGGUGUUGGCCUUGUUCGCUCCCUUGAGCACCCAUGGCCUCUCUCCUCCUUCCGUAAUCUUGAGCCUUCUCUUGCCCGGCUGCGUCUGUUCUCCGACCUUGUCCGAGAUGCUCUAUACCUCUGGACCAGAGGUGCUCCUUGCCUUUUGCACAUUUGUAAGCUGCAGUGCCCGGCGGUACAGGCCCUUCGCGCUGCAGCCCCCUUCACGCUGGACGGCUCGGCCAAUGUUGUGUUGGGGAAUGUUGCAUGCCAGGAGUUUGCCUCUGCUUUCACCCUUUAA